CCAAAGGGAAAUUGACAGUAGUUUAGUAAUUUACAGAAAUGUUGUAGUAGUUGUAGUAAUAUUUAUUUCUUUGCUUUCUUCUUUAUUGUUUAGAACAACUCAAUUUAAGUACUUGGAUUACAUUAUUAAAAAAUAUAUCUAAAUCUACAUAUUUCAAUAUUGCAUGUACACGGCAGAUUAAAUCAAACAAAUUUGAUAGAAUUCAGUUUCCUUCUGUCCAUAUGAAUAAAUCACUGGUGUGAAUAAAAGACAGAGACCAUUAAAUGAACUGUUUGAGUACACAAGAUUGUUACUUAGCACUCUUUCACUCCCACUCCCACUUCGAGACAGUGUGUAAACAGGGCACAUUCAGUAGCAGCGAGUUAAAUCCAAAUCGGUCACUGCAUCCUGAAGAGUAUCCAGGAGCUUUGAAAAUAUAGCACAAUGAACUGUUACGUGCGUGAGAAAACAACUUCAGAGUUCCUGGAGCUCCAUGUGUUUUUAGUCCCAGAUGAGCAGUGGAACUCAAAGUUGAAUAAAGUGCCAGUCGAAGCCAUAGACAGCUUCAUAUCAGCAGGAUUUAUCAGAGUGUUUCCAGACAUAAAUCUCAAGGCCAUUAGAGAAGAACUUGGGACACUGCUUGGACCUGACAGGAUCGUGGACAGAUAUUGCUUUUUAAAAUGUGUUGGGAGAAGCUUAGCAAUGGUCAAAGCCAAACAAGAGAAAGACUUAAAAGCAAAAUCCUUUGCUCCACCUUAUUCUCCUUAUCCAGAGCUUUACCUUUUACCAGUUGAUGAGAAUGCUAAUAGCCUUUGCUCCAGGUCUCUAAGCUUAGACACUGUUCUUUACAACACUGACUCUCAGACAUGUUUCCCUCUUAAACCCAUUUUUGCACCUGGCCAGACAAAAGAACCUACUAAAUUCCCACUAAUCAAACAAGAGCCCCAACAAACUGUCCAAACCCAUAGUUUAGAAAAUCAGAGUAACUUCAGCUCCUUUGAGGAGAAGGAGGAAGACUCUCUGGGAUGUGAAGACACUGUGUGGACUGAAGACCACCAAAAGGGUUGGAAUGUCCAAGAGGAGUUCAUUGCAAAGCAACAUGAACUGUCCCUCAUCAAACAAACUCCAAAUGGAAUUGAGAAAAAUGAGAUAAAGCCUUGUUACAAAAGAAAUGGUACCAAAGAUCCUGGAUUACCAGAUGUGCAGGAGGGUCCAGAUACUGGAUUAUUUUACUCGCAAGGGAGGACAUCCAAACUGUCCCCAUCAUUGAAGCCACCCAGAAAGAAACAAAGUGAUGAGCAGGUCAAUGUGGGUAGAGACAAAACUAUAGUUCCCGGUUUGUCUGAUUCAGCUCCUAGUGCCCUUUCCCAGUCUCUGCACAUGCAAAAGCCCACUCCUGAACUUUCUUCCAACAGGGGUGAGCUGCUGAAGGAAAUUAGACUGGCCAAAGAAGAAAGAAUAACGCUAGAAAGAACAAGACAAGAACUUCUAAGAAAAGGAAAAGAACUGCUAGCUUUGAAUAGACACUGUAGGAACCAAGCACGAGACAAGUGGAAGAAAAAGUAUUUUGACACCAAAAAGGCAACAGCACCACUGGAAGAAACCUUAAAAGGCCUUCAACAGGAACUAGAAACAUUCUACAACAAACUGUUUCAGCAACUGCAAGCCAGAGAUGGACGAAACAAACAAAGACGAGCAGGAAAACUUUUAAGUACAAAGAAUGACAUGAUAAUCCAGAUUAUGACUGAAAGCUGCGAGAUAGACAACCUGAAGAAAAACAUUGAUGAUGCUAAAAUAAAACUUGACACAGAAAUCAAGUUAAGGAACCAGGCUACCACAGAACUUCAAGCCCUGAAAGCAGAACUAAUGCAGAAGAAGUCUCACUGCUCAUUUGCGGGACCUCUCACAUGCUCUUCUGACCUUGGAUAAUGUCCAUGUUUACUCCAGCAACUUCCAGAAUUUAAAUUGAUUGUAGAUAUAGAUUAAUUUUGUGAACCUGAUUGAUUAAAAUUAGUUUUGCCAAUAAAUCAAAUAUAACUCACUGUACCACACAAAUGUUUAACCCUUUUCUAAAAAGCAAACUACACAAGACUAACUAGAACUGGACUAGAUCACAACACAAACAAUAUUUAUAUGCACAUAAUUAAAGUAUACACUAUGUCUGGUGUUUAAUAUUCAAUCCGCUACAAUUGAAUGUUUUUA